AAGUCCCCGUGCCUUUCAUUCUCCCUUUUUCUGCUAAUAAAAAGCACAAGCACCCCUUUUUAUGGAUUUAUUUGUGAUAGACACGUGUCCCGACAAGGACCUGUACCAAGAAAGUUCUGAAGAUGAAGAAGAAAUCGCUUCAGAACCGGAAAAAGUCGAGUCUGAAGACGAUGACGAGGACUACGGAGGUCUCCCUCCGCCAUCAAAGGACAUCACGCACAUCAUCAAAAAUACCAAACAAUUGAACAGAGAAACGGCUUCCGUGGAUGUCUCUCAGCUGAUUCGGAAGAAAAAUGACACAAAAAAUAAGAAAAAGAAGGGAUUGCUGCCCUUCAAAGCUCCCAUUGUGGAUUCGGGAUUGCAGGAAAUCAUCCAAAAUGAGAUAAAAUCUGCUGUGAAAACAAACACGAAUGCAGUUGUGGCGGGAAAAAAAUCGCUUGACACUGUUUCGAUGUCGGAAAGGAAACUUUUGAAGCUGAGAAGGGCUGAAGCUUCCAAGACCAAAGGAAAUGGUUGGUUCAACCUCCCGGCGCCAGAAAUAACGGAAGAAGUCAAGAACGAGCUUGAGUUGAUCAGGAUGAGAGGCGCUUUGGACAGCAAACACUUUUAUAAACGCGCAGAAUCGAAAGUUCUUCCAAAAUAUUUCCAAAUUGGGAAGGUUUUGCCGUCGCCCUUGGAUCAUUACAACGAGCGGCAUGAAGGGAAGAAGUCCAAAGCCAAGACUUUGGUUGAUGAAUUGCUCGCCGAUGCUGAAUUCCAGAAGAAAAACAAACGCAAGUACAAGGAAAUCAUCGAUAGCAAGCGUUCCGUUGGUUUUUACAAGGCAGCUGCGAAGAUGAAAAAGGAAAAACGGAAGAAAAAAUAAAAUUUUUGAUUUUUUAAUUAAUUUUUGGCGGUUGAUUCGUUAAAAAUUCUAUCACUUUA